CACCGAUUGUGCGCGGCGCGCGCAGACCUAAACCCAGGCAAAGGCUUGCUUUUAAAAUAAAGCCUUGGUUCUUCUGGGAUUUCUACCCGGGAUAUUUCUGUGCUGACCCUUCUAAAAGGUGGAGGAAGGACAUCCAGAUAUUUUCCCAGAGAUGGCAGGGGAGAUCCCGCCUCCCGUUCCUUACCGUUCGGCUUAUCCCUUUGCUACUUUCAUUUAGUUUGAAAGCAACCUGCAGCCAACCCCGACUGGGAAGUUUCCGUUCUGCUGCCUCCCAGCUCAGUGCAUUCAAGGUGCCUUUGAUAAGUCUACGUGUUUGCGAGUAGCCACUGCCAGGAAUCGGACUGUUGCUUUCCCAGCUCACCACAGGCAACCCCCACCUUCCUCUUCCAGCCCACAUACCCAAUUUGCCAGAGAUGAAGGGCAGGGAGUGAUCAAAUGAACAAGAAGUGGUAAAUUGAUUAAGACUAGUUUCUUCUUCAAACGGCGGCUCGGGAGAGAAAGAAGCAGAGUGAAAGCCGAUCAUAGGCGGCAGCUCAAAGAGCUUGCAAGAAGGGGCGGGGAGGCGAGCCCUGCUGUUGGCAGCGGCUGAGCUUUGCUGCCUUUUGCAACGGCGAAGAAUUGAUUCUAGGCGCUACGGGUGCUGGCUGUUAGGGCGCUUCUGCAGUUCGCCGUCAACAUGCACGCGCGCUCUAUCUGACUGCAUUUGACUUAUAAUGCCGGCUUCUCUUUGGAAUGCAAAAUCGUGCACAGGAUGAAAUCAGGUCACUCUGCCAGAACGCCAGAAGAAAAUUCCCCACGGAGGACUCCCCAGAAAAUCCCCUAUCAGGACCUUCCUCACUUGGUCAAUGCUGAUGGGCAGUAUCUUUUCUGCAGGUACUGGAAGCCGGCUGCUACUCCAAGAGGCCUGGUGUUUGUUGUUCAUGGCGCUGGAGAACACUGCUGUCGCUACGAUGACUUGGCCAAGAUGCUGACUGGAAUCAACUUUUUUGUGUUUGCCCAUGACCAUGUUGGCCAUGGGCAAAGUGAAGGAGAUCGUAUGGUUGUGGCAGACUUUCACGUGUUUGUCAGAGACAGCUUGCAGCACAUUGAUCUCAUGAAGAAAGAUCAUCCAGGUGUUCCUGUAUUUCUUCUAGGGCACUCCAUGGGAGGAGCCAUUGCCAUCCUCACCGCGUGCGAAAGAUCCAAUGACUUUUCAGGCAUGGUAUUAAUUUCUCCUUUAGUAGUUGCAAGCCCUGAUGUAGCGACACCGAUCAAGGUAUUUGCAGCUAAAGUACUUAACUUUGUCCUGCCAAACUUGUCUCUGGGAUCUAUUGAUCCAAAUGUCAUUUCCCGGAAUAAGAAAGAGGUUGAAUCUUACCGUUUAGACCCUCUGGUCUAUCAUGGCGGCAUGAAAGUCUCCUUUGUCAUUCAGCUACUGAAUGCCAUUGCCAAAAUAGAGCGCUCUCUCCCUAAACUGAUUCUCCCCAUCUUGGUGCUCCAUGGUUCACCGGACAAACUCUGCGACAUCAGAGGCUCUUACUUAUUGAUGGAUACUGCCCCAAGUCAGGAUAAAACACUCAAGGUAUAUGAUGAAGCCUUCCAUGCCCUCCACAAAGAGCUUCCUGAUGUGACUACUUCUGUUUUUAAAGAAAUAGAAGCAUGGAUUGGCCAGAAAGCAGCUGAGGAAGCCCACCAAUCUAAGCAAAAGCCACUCUGAAACCCUGUGUCUGGUGGUGGGGGUACACUGGGAAGGGAAGUUCUUUUUCUUUUCUCUUUUAACAGCCUCUCUUUGAGGGGAAAAGUCUUAUAGGGGCUCCUGAAUUAAGUUAUUUUUUUACCAGAAAUUGCUGUUAUCUGGUGUGGGAUGGGAGGAGAAUGCCAUGCUCCAUUUAAAGCAGUUACUCUACAGAGGAAAAUGCUAGCAAGGACAUCAGCUGAGUGUGCCAUUUUAUUAAAGAACAUGGUCAAGUCUUUCACCAAACCUGGUUUUUGGUUUUCCCAAGGAGUUCCUGAGGUGCUGAGGUAAUUUUUUAUACUGCAAUAAUUUUUGGAAUGUUUCAAAGUUUGGCAUCUUCCAUGAUGUUCCAUUUUUACUCUUGCCAGAUUUUAAUUCUUCCCUCCUGAACUUUGAAAACUUUCAAGUCUACUAAUAGGCCCAAGUCUUUGACAGAUACAGGUAAGAUUAGGAGGCUGAGUUGAGAGUGGAGCCUUUUCACAAACGAAUUCAAAACAUCUCAUAGCAUUCAAAACACGUAUUCCAAUAGUCUGGCCACAGGAUUUCUCCCCAAGCAAGCCCCCAAAGGGUCUUGAAAGAAGAGACCAUUAAAUGAUAGAAACAGCACAGUUUUGCACUUUGAAAGGGUGUAGUUUGGACUCAGACCAUUAACGUUUAGCCCCAGAGCUGACACCAUGGAGGAAUGAGAGUAUGUAAAAUAGUGUAUCUAGAAGUCCUAAAGCAUUGAAGAUCUGCUGCUGCUUCCAGAAGCCAAAUGGUUUUCAAUGCAAGAACUGUAAAUACUUAUUGGGGCUGCUUUUUUUGUUACCUGUGUUACAGAUAACUUAAAGUAUAAAACUGAAAGUUAUAUUUAAGAGAGAAAUAAUAUAUAAAGUUUCUGUAGGUUGCUCAAAGAUACCCGGAGGAGGAAUAAAGGAGUACAAUAUGGAAUAGAUGCCGAGACGGCCAUUCCUUUGCCUAAUAGCUUUUAUGCCAGAGAACUGCCUUUUUAUAUACAGAAUGCCAUUGCCACUUGAAAACCGGGAAAUAAAUAAGUGUUGCUUUUCCUCGGUUCUCAAAUUCUUGCUCCUACUCUGACUUAGAAGGAGGCCAGCCACUGGUGCUCUUGGAAGGAAAGGAACCAAAGAGGAAGAAAGAGUAGGCCUAACAUAACUGGGCUGCAAGAAUCCAAAGAGAUACAGAAAUGCUGACUACUGCCAUCUAGAGGGUGUCUGGAUUUUUGCAGCAGAGGUACAGUAGGCUAAGAAAAAGGGCUAUUUCAGCAGCUGCAGGCAAAGUUCCAAAUAGCAUUUAAUCAGCAGAGAAGAUAACUGCUGAAAAUCGUUGAGGAAAGCCAAUUAUUGUAUAGGAUUUACAGCAGAAGACUAAGAUGUUCAUGGAGGAAUUUAAUUAGGGCAACCAGAUCCUUACAACCCUUAGAAGACGGUAGAGAUAGUUUUCUGCAUCUCUUUGCUUCCAUCUAGUGGUCAUUUAGAGUUCUGCAGCCUAGACACCCAGAUUUGGUGCACUUUUGAAUGGGACAAGGCAGCUGUGUGCAAUCUCAAUUUCAGCUGAUGUUGAGGUUUCAGCCUUAAUUGUGACUAGCUAGUCCUUAAUUAGCUAAGGACAGCGACACUAGAAAAACAUGAGGGAGCUGCCCACUGUAAUCAAAUACUUGCUAUGCAGCAAGUAGCACUUUCAUGCAGUUCUUUUGUUGGGAAAAAUCACAUUAUUAUCUCUUGUAAAAUAAUCUGGUGAGUCUUCUGAUAAUCCAAUUUUUUCAUUGUCCUUACACAUUUUUUGCAUGAGACUAUUUAGUACAAUUUACAGGCUGCUUCAAAAUGUGUGAAUUUUCUCCAUGGAAAACCUGAUGCUCUACAGAACUAGGCAGCUGUUUUUCCCAAUAAGCAGUAAUUCUAUGUGCAACCAUCAGGCAUGGGGUUCUCAUGAUUUUGUUGCCUGUGUAUGCUUUCUGUGUAGGAAAGAUGUAAUAUUUGAGGUAUCCUUCAAAUAUUCCAACUGAAGUGGCUGGUGUGAAUUGGAAAGGGAAUUGUGGCCUGAUGGAUGCUAGAAUACAAAAUUAGUAAUUGCAUGAAAUCUGCAAAGUUCUUAAUUGACAAAAUUACCUGUCCAGAUGUGCUUAAGUAUCUAGGUGGGAUGAGGAGAAGUUGGAGGGGAGAGAAUUGUUUCCUUUGCAAUUUAUCAAAGCUUCUGUACCUGGUUACUUGGACAUGAUUCUUAUUCAGCCCAGAAACCAAGUAAGUGGCUGAUUUAUAAGCCCUGAUAUAGUCAUUAAUUCACUUGAACAUCAGAGCACAGCAGGUAGUGUAGACACUAGUAAGUAACCCAAAGACAAUGGGGAAAAAAGCAGCUUUCUAACCUGUGCUCCCAUUUUUAAUAAGAUCUUUCUGAGGCAUUGCAAAAAAUACUACACACUGUCCUGAAAAUAUGGUGUGUCCUUCUGGAAACCAGUUCUCCCCCUAGAGGGCUACACUAAUGCAUGCAGCUAUGCAGGUCUUAGAAAUCUCUGUCUGGCUGCUAUUCCAGUUUUGGAGUAGGAGAAUAACACAGCAUUAGCACUAGAGGUUUUUAACUGAGCCCAUGAUCUGUAGAGCUGCUCAGAUCAGCUGCUCAGUCAGAACAGUUUAACAUUCCACCUUGAAAAACAACUUUGCAUGUUCAUGGGCAUCCUCAUACCUAUUUUUAAGUAGUCAUAUCAUAGUUGAGGUGCAAAAAUGCAAAUUACUAUUAGAUGGCAGCGAAAUAAAGAGCUCAGUGCUGUUACCCUGUGAUCAUUCUGCAUUUCUGCAGCCCAGAUAUAUGGUGGAUCUAUUUUAAUAAGCUCUACUCCUUCCUCUAGUAAAAAUGUAAGUAGCAGAUGCUUAAUAGGGCUUGGAGAGAUCUGGAGCUGGUAGGCAAAAUGUGGAUCAUGUGUGGUCCCACAUAUAGCACCUAUUAGGAAAAACUUGAAGUAGCCAUGUUUUCCUGGACUUCUGCCACUGCCCUUGGUUCUGCAGCUAAGACCUGCCUAGGAAAAGACACACUUAAGGUAUUCCCAAGAGCUGUUACAUGCAUGCCUAUUCACGUGCUGAAUCACAUUUCUCCCUUCACAUCUGGAUCUCCACACAUGGCUAACAUACUGUAUCUCUGUAAUGCUUAACAUGUCAUAAGAGUCUGCAAGAGAAGCUCAGUAAGAAUAACAGUUGCCUGUUUUGUACCUGCUUGUGCAAAUCAUCACAGGUGCCUAAAGUGACAGGCCUGAAUUAAUUCUUGGUUGUGGAUUUUACAGAUCAUUCCAUAGCACAAAAGAAAGGUCCUGCACACCACAUCUGGGGAAGUUGCUGUAACUUGAGAGGACGGUCCUUUCCCCAUUUCAUGAGCAGGGCUGAGGAUGACCUAAAGUGUCUCUUGGGUGGGGUGGGGUGGG